AUUUUUCUGCUUCAGCUGAUUCAAAAGUUGUGAUACUUACAGUUAAUUCUCUGGGUAAUGCUCAGACUUACCUUGAUGUCCUACAAAGCAAUGUGGAUUUGCUCAGAGGGAUUAUCCCUGCACUGUCACACUACAGCCAGAACACUGUUCUCCUUGUUGCUUCUCAUCCAGUUGAGGUCAUGACAUACGUGUCAUGGAAGCUGAGUGCAUUUCCCAAAAGCAGAGUUAUUGGAGUAGGUGCCAACCUAGAUACUGAAAGAUUUCAGUAUAUACUGAGAAACCUCUUGAAAGCACAGGUCCCAGCAAGAGAUGCUUGGAUUGUUGGUGAACAAGGGGAAGACAAAGUACCAUCCUGGACCAGCUGUAAUUCAGCUGCAGAUCAAACGGAAGGAACGGCUGCUCGUAACUCAAGGGAAACUGUAGCCAACAGAGCUAUGGAAGUUCUAAAGGGCAAAGGCCAGAGAUCUUGGUCUGUUGGGCUCUCCGUUGCUGAUUUGACUGACACUAUACUGAAAGAUAAAAGAAAGGUUCAUUCUGUGUCCACUCUGGCAAAGGGGUGUUGCAGUAUCAACAGUGAAGUGUUCUUAAGCCUCCCGUGUGUUCUUGGCGCCGGUGGAGUGGUGGAAAUGGUCAAACUAGAGGAAGAUCCUCUAGUGCAAGAGAAGCUGCAGAGCAGUGCAGGAUCCAUCCAGGACCUCCAGCAGCAGCUGAAGCUGUGA